CUGAAUUAAAAAAAAAGAAAAAGGAAGAGAAGAGAGAGUAGCUCGUUUUGUUGCCUCCAAAUAUGAGACCGCGGACAUGCCGUCGUUACUGCGCAUAUGGGAUCAUCAUAUUUAUUGGCUACCUAAUAAUGCAAGGAUUUAUCAAGACGAACAAGGAACUGAAAUCUGAUACAGAUGAAAAUGACGUAAUUAUUAGUAGAUCAGACAACUUUGAGAAAGAAAACGAUAAAGAAAUCCUGAAAGCAAAACAGGACAAAAAACCAGAUAAGCAUUCAGACACUUCUAGAGAUCAAAAGUCGGAGGAUGAUAUACGCGACCAGAUUUUACAUAAAGCUGAAGAAGCAAUCGAGGCUAAGGAAAAAGCUCUCAAAUUAGAACAUGAACUCAAAGAAGAAGAAGAACGACGGCACAAAUUGGAAUUGAAACUUCAAGAAGAACUGCUCCGCGAGGAAGAAGAAAAGAGAAAAAAACUAGAGGAAGAAAAAGUUAGAAGGUUAGCUGAAAAGAAGAAAGAGGAGGAGCUGCGAGAAGAAUUGGUACGACUUCAUAAAGAAUUGGAGAAGAAUACGCAUACAGUCAGUCCUAGAGAACAAGUACCGCACCAUCCAGAUGAAGACCACCACACUGACGAACAUUACAAAUAUUUCUAUGUCAGUAAAGGUAAAGAAGCGUCACCAGUUCACGGACGCCAUUUUGCCUUAAAGGCCACUCAAGUUGAGCACGAGAUAGAGGAACAAGUAGAGAAGCAUCUAGAAUAUUUACCUGAACACCGGUUCCCUACAAUCGUGACGGCAGCAACAAUGAAAAAUUUUCGUGAUGUAGAAAAGCUUAUUGAUUCAGUACAAUAUUUCCUCCCAGACAAGAAAAUAGUGGUUUUCAAUAUUGACCUUGGUGACAAGGAGGUGGACGAGUUACAAACAGCUUGUAAUGUAGAAACACGAAUCUUUUGGAAGUGGAUGUUUCCAUCUCAUGUCUAUAAUGCUUCUGAUAUGUCUUGGAGACCUGUUAUCAUACAGAUGGCCUUGGCAGAAUUUGGCCUCGUUAUGUGGAUUAACCCAACAACAAGGCUGGUAAGCAGUCACUUCGAACCUUUUCUGUCCGAUGCUGAACAGUCGGGUCUUGUAGUCUUAUCUACUCGGAAACAGUAUUCUACGUUUUCUGUGACACAUCCCAGUAUGUACUCCUAUAUUCCAACUGAUAUGACGAAACUUAUGGAAACUAGUCAUCUGAAUAUGAGGGUCCUUAUUAUUCACAACACGCACGAAAUUCAGGUAGUUCGCACCCUCCGCUCAUUGGUGAUGACUGCCGUCACCCAACCAAGCACAGUGGCCGAAUCGGUUCUAAUUCCGAUGGUGCACAGCCCCCACUUCAAGGCCAGGUUCACCCACUUCAGCACGGCAUCCAACUACGCCACGUUGAUAUGGUUGCAGUCAUCCAUCUUCCUGAGCCAGGCUGCAUCUUCCACCACAGUGCCUCCCAUUUCCAAGACAACCCCUAUUGCGAUGCUACUGGCGUCACACCAAACGAUCCCACUCUUUGAUUUGGGAACAUAUCAACUUCCCCUCACUGGAUCCUCUGCUUUCACUCUGACCAAGACUUCCUGCAUCAUGUCAGUCGUUUUCUCCCCAACUCUGUCAUUCCACUUUGCUCCUUCGGCUUGUCUCUUGAUGAAGCUACAUGCUGUCCGGAGCCACCCUGCAACCGGGUAA